AUGCCCGCCAUUUACUUGUUUCAACGCCGCACUCUGUACGGAGGAGAUGAUUUGCACGUGUUGGCACUCAUGACGGCCACGGCCCGUCUGGCCCAACUGUUGUGUUAUUCCGUCUUGGCAUAUCACGGCCAACAUCACGUGUCGUCGUUUGCGCAAGGAGGUCGUGGCUUGCAGGGUGGUACGAUGCAGUUGGGCAUUUCCACGUUGGAAUUUGGAUGGAUGGAUGCCUGGGAACAACGACAACAAGAUCGGAGUUUGCAAGAUGACAACAACAAUAAUGACAAGUGUGAUCACUGGUUUCCGUUCUUGUUGACAUCGUACACCAUGGCCGGCAUUGUCUUUGGCGUGGCAUCGCUGUUACUAUUGGCGCGCAUUUACCAAGUGAGCAGUCAAGGGUGUCCUACGAUUCAUCGACAUCCACGUACCGAACGAAUGCAGCAAUUGCUGGAAUGGCUCUUUUUGCCACUCAAUAUUCUCCAUUUUCUGGUCUGGCUGGUCGGGAUGGCCGCCAUGGCCUAUGCGUAUUCCUUUGAACAACAACGAGACGAAUGUCACAGCACGACUAGUGUGUCCACCUUUUUCACCGUCCUCUGGAUUGCCAGUGGCAUUCUGUUGCUCCUCAGUCAAGCCAUUGAAAUUGUGUGGAAUGCACUUUACGUAUUUGUCUUAUACUACAAUGAUCCUCAUGCCAUGAUUUGGACACCCAACAACAGUAACAACUCCAGCAGCAGCUUACUACUCCAUUCGCAAUCCUAUCAUCAUCAGUCUUCGUCCAACACUAUUACAAAUAGCGACACGACAUUGCAACCACCCAUUCAAACGUAUUACGACAAUCAUGCCCUCGUCGAACAAAUGUGGUCCGAUCGAUGUCACAAUUGUUGUCAAUGGUUGGGAUUGGGAACGUGUUACAUUUUUGGAGGAAAAGAUUUAUAUGGAGGCAAUGGGGCAUUGCAUUAUGGAGACUUCGCACGGGCCAUGGCCGAUUACUUGGAGACGAGAGGCGUCUUGGACGUUGUCCCGUCCGAUAUUAUUGUCGGCUUUUUGGUAUUGCAACAAUUGCAAGUCCAACGACGACAUGUCCAACGACAAGAACACAAAACGCAAUUGCACAAUCAUCGAGCCAAUAUUGCCAAUGGAAAUUCGCCCAAAGGAAUGCGACUCUCCAAAUCCACGGCGUCACUCGAACAACACCAAUUGCCCACACCACAAGAUUUACUACGAGCCAACAACAAUCAGACAACCAAGACACGUCCGUCGGGACUCUUACAAGCCAUGGGAAGCAUGGAUGCGCCACAACAACAACAACGUCUCUUGAAUAAUAACGACAACCAGGACAGUGUUAUGACUACUCGUGGAGCAUCCUUUGAUCACUCGAGUCCUCCUCCUCCGAAAGUACGGUCUUUUCGAAGACAACAAUCGGCGGGGUCUGGGUCGUCCACAUUUGUCAACGAACAACCUGCCAAUCAGUUUCGCAGCUUUCAACGAUUGCUCUCGGAACAAAAUCGUGCCGAUGUCAUGGUGUUGCAAGAUGGAUCUCGGUAUGCCAAGUACGCGCUCGCCAUUUAUACCUGGUACCUCUAUCUGUACGUUCAUCCCAUUACCGGGAUUCCACGGCUGUGUGCCAAGGCGUGGAAUUCCAAUAUUAAAUGUGGUGGCGGUGGUUGCUGCUGCUGUUCGGCGUCGUCGUCGCAGUCUUUGGAUGGUGUGCCAAUGAACAACAACAACAACAACAACAAUAAUGGAUCGGCUGCCAAUCAUGCACCGCCGCAUCGCUGGGAGGGUGACAACAUCUGUCAAGCACACAAACAUGCACUGCUGUUGGCGGCCGGGUUGGACAAUGAAGCAGAUUUGGUCUAUGUGCAAUUAAAAAAUUCGUUCAGUGACAAUCCCUACUGUAUCUUGUUGGACCAUGAGAACCAAACUGUGGUACUCUCCAUGAGAGGAACAUUUUCACUCGAAGAUUGUGUCACGGAUGUUCUCUUGGAACCCGAGUGCUUGGAAGCAUUGGGAGAUGAAUUCGGGUUCGCCGACAUGGCAAAAGGACAGCAUUGCCAUGGCGGUGUCUUGGCGUGUGCUCGGAAUGUCUAUCGCGAUUUGAAACGACACGGUUCGUUGGAGUACUUGUUGGAAUCCAAGUAUCCGCAGUACCAGCUUCGAUUGGUGGGACACUCUCUCGGAGCAGCAACGGCAACAAUGCUGGGAUUCAUGUUAAAACCCGCGUAUCCCACGUUGCAAUGUUUCAACUACAGCCCUCCCGGUGCUACCAUGACGUGGGACAUGGCGAUUCAAUGCCAAUCGUGGUGUACUUCCUUCGUAUUGGACUGCGAGCUCGUACCGCGAUUGUCUUUUGAAGCGCUCGAGUAUCUGCGAGAUGAAGUGCUCGAUUUGAUUGGAAGAAUUCGAGUGUCCAAGCUGGAAGUUGCUCGUCGAGUCGCCACCAAAACGCUGUGGUGUGGAAAAAAGAAGCUUCCGAAUCCUCGGAACGAGUACGACCUGGAGCAAGCCAUUACAUCCGUUGACGAAUUGGACGACCUGUUGAGUGACUUGCUGCUCCCAUCCCACGAAGUACCGGAUACUCCCGAGGCCACGUCGUAUCGCCAACAGCUGGAACAGUUCCAGUCCGUUCAAUCAGAGAGGCGAUCCGCUCGUGGAACUCGACGUACCAUUCGAUUGUUCCCGCCUGGUCGCAUUUUGCAUUUGGUCAAGACAGACGAAGAACAGUCUUGCGGUGUCCAAGUGGCCAAGUGCUUGACAUGUUGCAUGAGCAACGCCGGUUCACUCUAUACGCCUUGUUGGAUUGGUAAUGGAGAUUUGAAUGAAAUUGUGAUUAGUCCGACAAUGGGGACGGAUCACUUUCCGGACAGAAUGGUGACAGAACUGGAGGGGAUUGUUCGAAACUUUGGACUCGAACAACGUUGA